UAUAAAAAACAUACCUCCAGUCACUUAAUUUUAUAUCCUAUUCGCUGAGAGAUGUCUGAAUAUUCCAGUGGUGGGGCCGGUGAAGACUUGUCUUUACCCAAGGCCACCGUCCAAAAGAUCUUAUCGGAAAUACUCCCCAAGGAUAUUGCCGUCAGCAAAGAGGCUAGGGAAGCCAUCACAGAAUGUAGCAUUGAGUUUAUCAUGAUAUUGUCCACCCAGCUGAACGAUAUUGCUGAGAAGGAGGCUAAGAAAACCAUUGCAUCUGACCACGUAGUAAAGGCGUUGGAAGAGUUGGGAUUCCAUGGGUAUCUUGAAGUAAUCCACAAAAUACUAGAAGAACACAAAGAAUUACUAAAAGGGAAGGAAAAGAAGAGCAACAAGUUUCAAAACUCGGGAUUCACUGAAGAAGAAUUGUUGAGACAACAAGAAGAGCUCUUUAAGAAGUCUCGUGAUAGAUUGCAUCAUACCAAUGCUCCAACAACUAGUAGCUCUAGUCCUGAGGUCAAAACUGAGGUCAAAACCGAAGUUGAUAGCGAAUUCUCCUAGAAUUCCUAACGUCUUAAUGUCUUCUCACGAUGGUACGAUUAUGGUACAAAUGACAAAACAAAAUGCUUAUUUAUAUAUAUGGAUUACUUAGACUCUAUAGAAAAUAUGAUCCAAUCCCCUUGCAAGCAAAUAUAGUCGUAUAACGUCUAUUAGAAACAAGUAUGUCGUAAAUAGUGGUAUUAAAAUUUGUUCAGCUUAACCAAAAGGAACCAAGUAUAAAAUAACAAUAGUGUUCACCAAAAUCAAUGGGAGCCUCAGUACUGUUCUGGUGGCGCCUAUUAAGUUGACCAACCUGGUCUUAACUGAUGUUUCAUUAUUACCAAAUUGGUUGAACUGAGUAGAAGCUUGGUUGUUUGAGCUUCCCCAGCCGAUUCUAUUCAAGAAUCUAUCUUCACUCAACACGGCUAUAGCGUUGAGAAAUAAGAGGGAAACGUAGAGUAUGUUCCCAAACCCAAACAUGAAGAGCGCCAUCUUGAAGU